AUGGACCUCAACGUUAUUAUCGCUCUUAUGUUCCUUUGUGCUGGUCUGGCGAUACUAUUUGUUACCGCUCGUGCUUAUUUCUCCCACCAAGCUUCUAAACAUGAUGUUGCGCUUUCCACUUUCCAUAGUCGUCGAAGAGACCGAAACUCCCCGGAGUCAAAAAUCGUAUCACCACGCCCCUAUGCUGGAUUUGGAUGGAGGUGGGAAAAGAAAUUUCUGAAGAAACAGGACCAAGUCAAACAGAUGCUUGAGAGAAAGUUGAAGCUAUUACACAUCAUGGCGACCGUGAAAUAUCAAGAUAAAGAAACGAACGAGAUUCUGGAUAGCUGGAGGGAUAUAUCGACAUAUACAGCGGAUAAUCCGAUAUGCACCUCAAAACUACCCUCUCAACCACCAGUUAUACAACGACGCCUCUUGUGA